CAAUAAUGUCAGUGGAGCGUCUUGGCACAGAAGCUUGUUCAUUAAGCUUCUUGCUGCUCCGUAUGCUUUGUUCGUGAUUCCAGCUCCCAACCGACCCUUGUUCGCUCCUUCGGUCUUUGUACACCUUGCUCACAUUAUCCGUUUUACAUCCACUCGUUCACUAUGCACCUUCUACUUGCCUCUGCUGCGCUUGCAGCCUCUUGCAAUGCCUUCACUCUCCCCUGGACCACGCGAGCAACCAACCCAGCCCUUCUACCGCUCCCCCUUGCACAUUUCGACACUCCAAAAUAUGCGCGCCCACUCACGCUGGACGAGGCUUUGUCAGGUGCGAAUGCCUCAGUCACCACCAUCAAGCCCGAGGAUCUCCAAGACGCCAGGAACAAAUUGCCUGCGCUAGUGAUACCCAACAAUACGACACUGCCGAACAAUACGCAGACUCUGGAUGAGGAGCUGGAACGAUUCGAAAAGAGACAGGGGACCUGCUCUAAUGUUCGUGUCCGCACGGAAUGGGAUAACUACUCCGAUGAUGACCGACAAGCAUACAUCGACGCUAUCAAGUGCUUGAUGAACAAGCCUCCCUCGGGUCAAUUCAGUGUAUCUCAAAGUCGCUACGAUGAUCUGGUUGGCCUUCACCAAACAUUGACCCCGAAUGUUCAUGGUAACGCAAAGUUUCUACUCUGGCACAGAUACUUUGUAUGGACUUUCGAGUCGCUUCUCCGUGAUGAAUGUGGGUUUGAUCGCGAGCUUCCUUGGUUUGACGAAACUCGAUAUGCGGGUAACUUCGCGGCUUCAUCAAUUUUUAGUUCUCAGUGGUUUGGAAGUAUCAACCUUGGUGGCCAGUGUGUGACGGACGGUCAAUUUGCAAACCUGGCCAUCAACUAUGGACCAGGAACCAGCAACACGCCUCAUUGUCUGGCUCGAAACAACGAUGAUUCGAAGACGAUCAACACCGGCAAUGCGAUUGUUGACGCCUGCAAUAGCCGCUCUGAUUAUGCUGAUAUGGCUGCAUGCGCGGAGGGUGGUGCUCAUGCAUGGGGUCACAACGGAAUCGGGGCUGUCAUGCAGGAUGUUUACGCAUCUCCAGCAGACCCUGUCUUUUUCCUGCACCACGGUUUCAUCGAUCGCAACUUCCGCAUUUGGCAGAAUAACGGAGGUAAUGCGCGUGUGACGACCGUCGACGGCACUGACGCUGCUGGUCAUCCUCUGACCCUUGACACCAAGGUCAACGUGUAUGAUUUCCGCCCUGACGUACGUAUUGGCGACAUUCUCGACACUAGGGGAUCGACGUUGUGCUACAAGUACAACUACUAGCCAGAUUUAAUCCGCAGGCUGAGUAGUAUACAUCAUCUUCUUGUACAUAUCUUUCUUACGAUUCUUCGACGUGGAUGCCUGCCUGUGGUGUAUGGCAAGGUGCUUCAGCACGUAUGGCCUAGGCAUAUACGCUUUCUUGGUUUUCAAUAGACACAAUUUUUUUCACAUAGC